UUGCAUGCUGGGAAAUUUUUUGCACAUGUGAUUUGAAAUGUUUGUGUAGCAAAUAAGAAGGAAGUAUUUAUUAUACUACAGCAAGGAAUGGUUUAAAAGGAACAAGAGUGCACUGAAUAUUAGAUAAGUAAUUAUAGUGUUGCCGUUAUCGUUCAUUUUACAAGGUAUAGAAUCCUUUUAAAAUGUCAUAAGUUUUCACAACCCUGAAGAAAGGUGAAGUGGAGACACAUGAGGCUUUUAGGAAACAUUUUGAUGAACAGGUAUCAUUGUAUAAGUUAAUCAACGUGAUAACAUUGGUAGAGUUAUCAGGGAAGGAGAAAGUUAUCGGGGAUGCUUACAUCGACAACGUGCUCAAAUAUAACUCUCAGGAUGUCACCUAUGUUACAUUCGAUUUCCACGAAUAUUGCCGUGGAAUGAAGUUUGAGAAUGUGUCUGUGUUGACAACGGGGAUUAAAGAUAUCAUUAAACACAUGCGAUAUUGCUGGGUUGACAGGAAAGGUAUGAUCUGUGAACAGAGGGGAGUUUUCCGAGUCAAUUGCGUGGAUUGCCUAGAUCGUACAAAUGUUGUUCAGACAGCCAUUGCAAGAAUUGUCAUGGAAACGCAGUGCCGGAAACUAGGACUACUUGCACCAGACGAGAAUCUUCCAGAAAACUGCCGAAAGAUUUUCCAGCAAUUGUGGGCAAAUACUGGAGAUGCCAUUAGCAAGCAGUAUGCUGGCACAGCCGCCCUAAAGGGAGAUUUUACAAGGACUGGAGAGAGGAAGAUCACAGGCAUGAUGAAAGAUGGAGUUAACUCAGCUAACAGGUACUACUUGCGUUUCAAGGACACAUACAGACAGGCAGCUAUAGAUGUGACCCAUGGACAGCCGGUAUCCGAGGACAUUCUGUCUGGUCGACUCCGGGUACCAGAAGAUGAUGUACGAGAGAUGUUAGAGAAGGAGGAAAAUGUUAAACAGUUGAUUGAGGAUUGUAAGAAGAUGUUGAUAGUGGAACCUGAGGAAUGUCUCGGUGGAUGGGGACUGAUUAAUGCAGAUCCAGUUACUGGUGACUCAGACAGACAAGAGAUUGAUAUUAUAUUAUUGCUCAGUCAGAGAGCAGUAUAUGUAGCCUGGUAUGAUGAUGAGGAAGAACAGGUGAAUGAAUAUCAAAGGAUCUUCUUGGAGGACAUAGAGAAACUCGAAAUUGGGGCAGAACACUCUCUGAUCAGGACAAAGUCUAUAGUGAUGCGUCUGUACUACCGACAUUAUGCAGACGAGGGAUUCUUCCAUACGUUUAAGGCCCCUGGCACGAGAUUGUUCAACAACCUUGUUAUACCUGUGAAGACACAGGAUGAAGCAAAAGAACAACUACGAGUGGUGUGUGAGGCAUUUGCAGCUGCCCAGAAUCUUCUCAAACUGGAGCUUACUAUAGAAGAGAAAACUAAACUAGAGAAGAGGAAGACACAUUCUCACCCAGAAGUGAUGGACAUUCACCAGCAGCUACAGGAGAACUCUCUCUCCCAGAUCAAACUUCCACGUGACAUUUCUAGUACAGACAUUCCCUCCCAGCCUGAUUCCAAUACCUCCUCUCCAAGAAUGAGACACAGACUGUCACCCCUUCUGUAUGCUAAAAAUUCUUCACAAACCCAGAACCAGUCUAGUCCACAAGAAAGUCAAGAUCAAGUCUCUGGUUCAAAAAGAAGCCAUCAAAUUGGACCAUAUGUGAAUGCUAAAGCAGCAAUGGUCAAGUCUUGGAUGCCAAAAUUAAACAAACCUACUGCAGGAAGCGUAGAAUUAUCAGUUCCAAAAUUAAACAUAAAAUCACUUAAUUUGGUCGGCAAGUUGAAAACUGGCAGAGAAGAUGCAAGCCGUCUGUUUUCUAAGGUGCCUGGUACUAGCAUCUUCUACAAGAAAGAUAAAAGAACAUCAGACACAGUUGAUGAACCAGAUGUGUUCAUUAAUGUUGACAAUACAAUGAAAGCUCCACAAAGAACCCAAAGUGACAGAAAAAGAACUUUCAGUAAGGAUGACUCAUCUCUGGAUGAAUCCUUUGAAGUAACAGAAACUGAUCUUGAGAAAGAAGUAGUUCUAGACAGUUGUGGUAUCCUAGCAACAAGUGCCAAACAAAUUCUAGAAUCACCUCAAUAUUCUGUAGACGAGCCAGAUGAUAAUGUAGAAGAAGUCCAGUUAGAACUUGAAUCAUCAGUAACUGAAGUCAAAAAAGAUGAACAAGAAGAAGGGGAGAUUGUGUUUGAUAUAGGUGAACUGCAGAAAGCCGGUGAAAAUGAAACAAAGCCUACUGCGGAAGUUGGAACAAGUGAAGUAGGUGUCAGAAGAUCAGCUGCUUCAUUUAAAUGUUUUUGUAGAGAAACUGAUAGUUGUCCUCACAAAGUAAAUGAAGCACUAGAAGAUGUAUGGAUUAAAAGAACUGAUGUAAAAGCAGAUGAAGAAAAUACACCAACAAGCUUAGAUCUCAGUCUGGGACAGAAAAGAGUGAUCGACAACUCUGAGGCAGACAAAAUCCUCUCUAAAUACAGUAAAGCUAAGCAAGCCUUGUCCCACCCAAGCAUGAGGAACAGUAUGAGUGAUUCAGCAAUUGCUGGAAAAGACAUCACUGUAGCCUUCACCAAUGUGGCAGAUGAUGCUGAAAGUCCAAAGGCUGUUCUAGAGUAUGAUUUUGAAGCAAAUCCUAAACUUCAGAAGAAAUUGCCAAAUUUACUACAAAGUACGAAAAUGCCGAGAAAGUCUCACCGAAUCUAUGAAAGUCUGAAACAGCAUAUUGAAAAACAGUUGUGUGACCAAACUUGUCAAUCCACUAUUAUAUUCAUAUAAAGGUAAAAGUAAGUAGAAAGUUAGGGAACAACCCACAUAAAGGUAUGCCUUAACCCGUCAAAUAUUGACUUGUUUGAUUUGUUUUUCUUUUAAACUGAUAAGGAGAUUGAGCAUUGUACUUUUUGCAGUAUACAGACAUUGAUAUAUGAACCUACUGUAAAAUCAUUAAUAUUCAUGGAUGUCUAUUUUUGUAGAUUUCAUGUUGGUACUAAUCCCAAUGAACACGUAAAAUUUCUAUUCCUUGUGUCUUCAACCUUGAAACCUGCAAAUAUUUAUCCCCACAAAAUGGCCCUUUUGGCCAAAACCAAAUACAAACAAACUUAUGUCCAUGAAAUGAAAUGAUUUUACAGUAUGAGAGAGAGUUAAUGGUGUCAAAUUUUGUGCAUGACGUUUGGGUUCAUUAUUAGUCGGAUAAAUGUAGUUUAGCAUAAUUGUGAUAAUAUUUCUGUGAGCAUGUUAGAAUGAAAAUCAUCAAGGAACUUGCAUGGUCUAUGGCCUGAUAUACCAUAAUGCAUCUUCCAUAUGCUUAUUUAAUCACCAAAGCUGCAUCUUUCUUGGUUAUUACCUGUGUAUCUAAACUCUGACCCGUGGUAUAUCAGAUGAUAAACUAUGCCAAGACAUAUUGAUAGUCUCAUCACUCCUUGAACAUACACAUUCCUUAUACACUAUGCCAUUGUUUUUCACAUUGUUCCAUAAUGAUACCAUUUGUAUCAGUUUUUAUUUUACAUUUCACAAUGUCAUAUAGAUUAUAUUAGGUUGUUUAUUCAUUGCACAAUUUUUUCUUGCUCAUUAUAUGGCUUACAUACAUAGAAAUAUAUUUAACCAGUAUUUGUAGAAAUAAGUUAACCUAUGUAUAGAAAUAUGUUAUUUGUUGUAAAUACAUUUUUACUUUGAAUUUCAGGUUUACUUGAACCAUUUCUGUGUGUUCAUAGAAGCAUUGCAAACUUUACACAAAUGUCUUUCGUUAUAUUCACUUUAUAUUAAAUGAUUUACAAGACUAAGUAGUGAAACUACACAUUUAUAGGUGUGUUGUUUUUUGAACUGUUGUAUAGUAAUUGUUGUUGUUGACUUAUUGUCAAGAGGAGACCUCUACCUCAAUAUCUAACAGCUUCAACCAAUAACGUGUUAGAAAUUAAUGGAAAUGUAUCUUAGCAGGGUCUUCUUGUUUAACCCUUACCCUGCCAAAUUUCUAAAAUGGACUGGUCCAUCAUUCAAUUUGGGUAACACCAUUUAUUUUUGGAGGGGUGUUCACUGAAAAUUGAUUGACUGAAUAGCAUGGAUGUGCAGGCUGAUCUUGGUUUGCACUGGUCACAAAGGCAAAAUCACUUGCCACCAGCAGGCUAAGGGUUAAGACACUUUCUAAAAGUGGAUAAGACUAAACAGUUUACCAUUUAAAUGUCCAGAUAUCGAUGCCAAACUUAUUUUGGCCUGCGCGAAAAUUAUGUCUAUGGAAAUGUGUAUGACAGUCCAACAAUAUUAUAGUAAUUUGAAAAGACAUAUAAGAUCCUGUAUAAUUACAUUGUUUCAUAGUCAAGAAAAGUUUUCUACCUGUUUUAUAUUAUUGUUGCCAAAAAUUUUAUUACACCUAUUCUCCAAUUGUAUUCUUGGAUGGUUGUACAAUGAAUUUCACACAACAGAAAUAAAUUGGGUUUUUCUCAGAGAACAUUAACAGAUUUAAAUGUUCAGAAAGAUCUAUAAAAGAAGACAAAUUUCUAUAAUGUACAUUUCAGCUGUUUAUUCAAUCUUCAUGAGGUUAAUACUUUGUUAGAAGUGAAAUGCAUUGUUAACAAAAUACUUUAUUAGAAAAAAAUUCUUAGAAACAAAAUCAUUAGGUGAAUACUUCGUUAGGAACAAAAUUGUCAGGUGAAUACUUUGUUAGGAACAAAAUUUUCAGGUGAAUACUUUGUUAGGAACAACAUUGUCUGGUGAAUACUUGGUUAGGAACAAAAUUGUCAGGUGAAUACUUUGUUAGGAACAACAUUGUCAGGUGAAGACUUUGUUAGGAACAAAAUUGUCAGGUGAAUACUUUGUUAGGAACAACAUUGUCAGGUGAAUACUUGGUUAGUAACAAAAUUGUUGAAUACUUUGUUAGGAACAAAUGGCAAAAAUCUGAAUUUGUAAAUAUACAUUUGUUUGAAAAGUGAUCUGAAUAUAGUACAAAUUUGUUUUUGUUUUUAUUUACAGGGUUAGAAGUCUGUCAUGCAUUUUUCAUUCCGUUUUCUUUGAAGCUCACCUUAUUCUUAUGACAUUUUAAAAUAUGAUUGUAAACUUUACUAGACUAAGUAUCAUUUUUGUUUUCAGAGCAACCACUUCUAUUAUUACACAAUGUAGAUAUCCAUAAACUCUGGAGACUGUUACGCCUUAAUUUCACUUAUCAGCUGAACAUCCUGCAGUGUUUCUUUUUCAGAAAUACUUUGAUUCUUUAAAACAUAAUUUUACAAGUUAGAAUACACCAUUUUGUGACUUACAAUGACUGUAUUGGAAUCACUUGCAGUUCUUGUAUUUUUAAUUAUUCAGUACAAAUUUAAUGCUUAGAGUAAAACAUGAUCACAUAUGUAUUUCAACAUUUGACAUACUGAAAUCAGCAUCAGAAAAAUGAGAAGAUUUUCAGCAGAAAAAUGGAUAAUUUUGUGAAAGCAAAAUUAGGUACAGUUAAAACUCUGAAAACCAGAAUCCUCUGAAAAGUAGACGAUUUUCAAAGUCCCAAGUUUUUAUGUUAUACAUUCAGUAAAAAAAAUAUCUGAAUAUGGGAAACUUUGAAUUCUGAAGACUGGAUAUUUUUCAUGACCACAAAGGACUAUGACAAAUAUAUAACAAAUAUCCUCUGAAUACUAGACGCUUGAGUUUCAACUUUUGUGUUUUAAAAACAUUAUUUCAAACAGGUAACAUUUUUGUUUACCAAUUAACCAUCACAAAUGCUACCUAAGCAGGCAUGAAAGAUGUUUAAAUUUUGUUAGCUGACCUGAGCACAAAGUGCUCAAGGUGAGCUAUUGUGAUCACCUUGUGUCCAUCAUCAUGUGAAGGUGUGCGUCAUCAACAAUUGACUGAGUCACAAUUUUAGUCCAAUCUUAAGGAAACUUUGUCAGAUUGUUACCUUCAAAUAAGUCUUGGAAGAGUUCCUUGUUUGGUCAUAUAUGGUGAAAAACUAGGUCACUAGCUCAACUAAUAGGAAAACCUUGUUAACACUCUAGAGUUCCUUUUUAUGUUUGUCUCUGAGAAAUAUAGGACAAGUUCAAAACUGGGCUACCUAAGGUAAAAAACUAAGCCACCUGAAGCUAAAUCAUAAAAAAAAACUUGUUAACACUCUAGAUACCACAUUUUCUGUUUGGUCUUCCUCAAACUUUAUCAGAAAGUUUAUCUCUAUAAAGUCUAGGUCAAAUUCAGAACUUAUCUCAGGUAAAAAAGACUAGGUCACUAGGUCAAAUCAUAGAAAAACCUUGUUAACACUCUAGAGGUCAGAUUUUCUACUUUAUCAUCAUAAAUUUGUCAAAAUGUUUGUCUCUAUAAAUCUAGUUCAAAUCAUAGAAAGACAUUGUUCACAUAUUAGAAGCCGCAUUUAUUACUUCAUCUCUGUUUGUCUCUUUGAAAUUUAAAUCUGGUUCAAAACUGGGUUACCUGAGGUUUUAAACUAGUUCACUAGGUUGAAUCAAAGGAAAACCUUGGUAACAAUCGAGAGGCCACAUUUUCUACUCGAUCUUGAUAAAACUUUGACAGGAUGUUUGUCUGUGGGAAAUCUAGGUCAGUUUCAAAACUGGAUUAUCUAGGUCAAAAACUAGGUCAGUGGGUCAAACAUAGAAAGGCAUUGUUAACAGUCAAAAGGCCACAUUACCUGAUCUUUAUGAGACUUGGUUGGAAGGUUUGUAUGUUUAAAAUUUAGGAUAAAAUUGUAGCUGGGUCAGUUGAGAAAAAACUAGGUCAUAAGGUCUAAUCAUUUAAAAACUGUUAACACUUCAGAGGCCACUUUUUAACUUGUUCAUCAUAAAUCUUUGUCAGAAUGUUUGCUUGUUUGAAAUUUAGGUCAAGUAGCAAGGGUGGGGUACGUGAGGUCAAAAAAACAUGUCACUAGGUCAAUUCAUUAGAAACUUUGUGAAUGAUCUACCUGAUUUACAUAAAACAUAUUCAAAAUGUUUGUCUUUAAAAUGUAGGUCAAAUACUAGGUUAUCUUGGGUAAGAGCUAGAUCAGGUGAGCAAUACAGGGCCUUGAGGUCCCUUUUAUUAGCUAUUACAUAAAAAACUAAUCUAAGUGGUCAUGUUUGGAUCUGUUGAUGUACAGGUGCUUUUUCACAAAUAACAUAUUUUUCACAUAUGAAAGAGAUAAAUGUUCUUAAUUGUAAAUGAUGCUCAUAUCAUGAUUUAUAGGAGCUGGUCUAUUCGAUUUACAUUCUUUUCACCUUAAAGUCUCAUUUUAAGUGAUGUUUAAAGAGGAGGCUUUUUUUUGUGAUGAUUGAUUUGUUUGAUUUUUCAGUUUUAGUGUAUAACAGAGAGUUAUCGUGUAGAUUUUAAGAACAAGAACUAAAAACAUUGACCAAAAAUACCAGCAGAUGAAAUAAAUCAAAAUGGACAGACAUAAUACAAUGACUUUUGACUUUGUCCAGACAGAGUCCAAUUUUCAGAAUUUUUACUCUUUGUUAUUUGUGUAAUUAAUGACAUUUUAGUCAUGCAUGUACAUUUUUAGCUCACCUGAACUUUAUUAGGGGUGAGCAAUUAGUAUAGGUGGAUGGUCCGGUGUCCAUCAUCCUUUGUCAACAUUUAUACUUAAACAUCUACUACUGAUCAGACUUGCAUCAAAUUUGGUCAGUAGCAUCCUGGCAUGGACCUCAGUCAAAUUUGUUCAAAUAAUUUACCUUUGCCCCUUUUAAGGUUGCCAGAGCUAAAAAUAGAAAAGCACUUAAACAAAUUCAUUUCAUGAACCACUUAAUGGAUCUUCAUCAAACUUGGUCUGUAGCAUCUUUUAACAAAAUGUUUUCAAGUUGGGGCUAAAAUAACCCCUUUUAGGGGCUGCUAGAACUAAGAAUAGAAACACAGUUCAACAAUUUCUUUUUAUGAACCACAUGAUGAAUCUUCAUCAAACUUGGUCUGUAACAUUAUUAUUAGGUCCUGUCCCAAAUUUAUUCAAUUGGAGGUAGUCAGCCCUAGGGCCAAAAAUAAAAAAUACCUUUAAUCAACUUCUUUUUCAUGAACUGCUUGAUAGAUCUUCAUCAGAUGCUUUGUUAUAAGGUCCUCUCAUCAAUUUGCAAAAUGGGGGCAAUUGGCCCCUUUUAGAGGCUACAAGAACUAAAAAUAGAAAUACCUUUAAACAACUUAUUUUCCUGAACUGAUGGAUUGGUCUUCAAACUUUGUCUAUAAUUAUCAUUGUGAGGUCCUCUCCAAAAGUGGUUCAAAUGGAAACACUAGGCCUUGCUAAAAAUAGAAAUACCUUUAAAUGACUUCUUUUAACGAACAACUAGAUAGAUCUUCAUCAAGCUUAAUUUGUAACAUUAUUAUAAUGUCUUCAACCAACUUUGUUCAUUUGGGGGCACUUAGCCCCUUUUAGGGACUGUUAGGGCUAAAAAUAGAAAAAACCUUUAAACAACUUUUUUACAUGAACUGCUUGAUGGAUCUUCAUCAAACUUGGUCAUCAUUGUAAGGUCCUCCAGUUUAGUUCAAAGGGAGGUGCUUGGCCCCUUUUAGGGUCCGUUAGAACUUAAAACAGAAAUGCCCUUAAAUGACUUUAUCUCAUGAACUGCUUGAUGGAUCUUCAUCAAACUUGGUCUAGAGCAGCAUUAUAUGGUCCUCUACCAAAUUUGUUCAAUGAGGCACUUGGCCCCUUUCCGGAACCGCUAAAAAUAGAAAUACCUUUAAAUUACUUCCUCAUGUGAACCACUUGAUGGCUCUUCAUCAAAUUUGGUUGUAGCAUCACUGUAAGGUCCUCUCCGAAAUUUUAUUCCAUUUGGUACAUUUAGGGGCUGCUAGAGUUAAAAAUCGAAAAAAACUUUUACAUGACAGCUCAUGAAACAUAUGCUGGAUCUUCAUCAAACUUAGUCUAUAUGGUCAUUGUAACAUCCUCUUUAGACUUGUUCAGAUGGUUAUACUUAGUUCCAUUUAGGGAACAAAACAGCUAAAAAUAGAGAGAAAAAAUAGGUUCUUUUUUUGAAGUUUGUUCUAAUGAUGACAUUUUUUUUGGGCUAGCUGUCACAGCAAAAUCUAUAAAAAAAUACUUUUAUUUUAAUGAACUUCUUAAAGGAUUUUCACUAAGCUUGGUCAGAGGCAAGUUUAGGUGGUCAAGGUCCCCUUCAAUUGAGCAACUUCGGCCCAUUUGGACCUAUUUUUAGCUCACCUGUCACAAAGUGACAAGGUGAGCUUUUGUGAUCGUGCGGUGUCCGUCGUCCGUCCGUCCGUGCGUCCGUCCGUCCGUAAACUUUUGCUUGUGACCACUCUAGAGGUCACAUUUUUCAUGGGAUCUUUAUGAAAGUUGGUCAGAAUGUUCAUCUUGAUGAUAUCUAGGUCAAGUUCGAAACUGGGUCACGUGCCGUCAAAAACUAGGUCAGUAGGUCUAAAAAUAGAAAAACCUUGUGACCUCUCUAGAGGCCACAUAUUUCACAAGAUCUUCAUGAAAAUUGGUCAGAAUGUUCACCUUGAUGAUAUCUAGGUCAGGUUCGAAACUGGGUCACGUGCCAUCAAAAACUAGGUCAGUAGGUCUAAAAAUAGAAAAACCUUGUGACCUCUCUAGAGGCCAUAUAUUUCACAAGAUCUUCAUGGAAAUUAAUCAGAAUGUUCACCUUGAUGAUAUCUAGGUCAAGUUUGAAAGUGGGUCACGUGCCUUCAAAAACUAGGUCAGUAGGUCUAAAAAUAGAAAAACCUUGUGACCUCUCUAGAGGCCAUAUAUUUCACAAGAUCUUCAUGAAAAUUGGUCAGAACGUUCACCUUGAUGAUAUCUAGGUCAAGUUCGAAACUGGGUCACGUGCCAUCAAAAACUAGGUCAGUAGGUCAAAUAAUAGAAAAACCUUGUGACCUCUCUAAAGGCCAUAUUUUUCAUGGGAUCUGUAUGAAAGUUGGUCUGAAUGUUCAUCUUGAUGAUAUCUAGGUUAGGUUCGAAACUGGGUCACGUGCGGUCAAAAACUAGGUCAGUAGGUCUAAAAAUAGAAAAAAAUUGUGACCUCUCUAGAGGCCAUAUAUUUCAUGAGAUCUUCAUGAAAAUUGGUCAAAAUGUUCACCUUGAUGAUAUCUAGGUCAAGUUCGAAAGUGGGUCACGUGCCAUCAAAAACUAGGUCAGUAGGUCAAAUAAUAGAAAAACCUUGUGACCUUUCUAGAGGCCAUAUUUUUCAUGGGAUCUGUAUGAAAGUUGGUCUGAAUGUUCAUCUUGAUGAUAUCUAGGUGAAGUUCGAAACUGGGUCAUGUGCCAUAAAAAAACUAGGUCAGUAGGUCAAAUAAUAGAAAAACAUUGUGACCUCUCUAAAGGCCAUAUUUUUCAUGGAUCUGUAUGAAAAUUGGUCUGAAUGUUCAUCUUGAUGAUAUCUAGGUCAAGUUUGAAACAGGGUCAUGUGCGGUCAAAAACUAGGUCAGUAGGUCUAAAAAUAGAAAAACCUUGUGACCUCUCUAGAGGCCAUACUUGUGAAUGGAUCUCCAUAAAAAUUGGUCAGAAUGUUCACCUUGAGAUAUCUAGAUCAAGUUUGAAACUGGGUCACGUGCCUUAAAAAACUAGGUCAGUAGGUCAAAUAAUAAAAAAUACCUUGUGACCUUUCUAGAGGCCAUACUUUUCAUGGGAUCUGUAUGAAAGUUGGUCUGAAUGUUCAUCAUGAUGAUAUCUAGUUCAAGUUUGAAACUGGGUCAACUGCGGUCAAAAACUAGGUCAGUAGGUCUAAAAUUAUUAAAAUCUUUGACCUUUCUAGAGGCCAUAUUUUUCCAUGGAUCUUCAUGAAAAUUGAUCUGAAUAUUCACCUCGAUGAUAUCUAGGUCAUUUUCGAAACUGGGUUACAUGCAAUAAAAAACUAGGCCAGUAGGUAUAAAAAUAGAAAAACCUUGUGACCUCUCUAGAGGCCAUAUUUUUCAUGAGAUCUUCAUGAAAAUUAGUGAGAAUGUUCACCUUGAUGAUAUCUAGGCAAAGUUCAAAACAGGGUCACGUACCUUCGAAAACUAGGUCAAUAGGUCAAAUAAUAGAAAACCUUGUGACCUCUCUAGAGACCAUAUUUUUCAAUGGAUCUUCAUGAAAAUUGGUCAGAAUUUUUAUUUUGAUAAUAUUUAGGUCAAGUUCAAAACUGGGUCACAUGAGCUCAAAAACUAGGUCACUAUGUCAAAUAAUAGAAAAAACGAUGUCAUACUCAAAACUGGGUCAUGUGGGAAGAGGUGAGCGAUUCAGGACCAUCAUGGUCCUCUUGUUUCUCUUAUAAUUUUGCAUUUUAGAUAUUUGAGAUUGUUCAUUGUUGAGUUUUAAAUGAGAUUUUGUUACUAAUAUUUUCUUUAGGCAGAGGUGAAUUUUUAUGUCAUUGUUUUAGUUUUGAUAGUGUUAUACUUUUACCUUAAAAACCAUGAUUUUCAUUCUGAAGGGAGUAAUACUGAGUUAUCAGCAUGCAAGUGAAUAAAAGAUUUACUUGUUGAAAGUAGGAUUUAAUCCUUUUGACAUGUUUAAGGAGAAAUGAUCAUCCACUAAAUGGAUAUUGGAGAAGUUUUUUAUAUCUAAAUAACUAGAUUUUGUAAAAACAAAUACAUUAUAACACAGAAAACCAAAGCAUUUGACCUGCAUCCUAUUAAGCAGUCCAGUAUAUAUACUAGUAGAUGCAUAACUACUUAAACCCGUAUUUAUUCCAUGUUUUCUUCCAACAUACUGUAUAUUGUAAUUGUAAUUAUUUUUACAUAGUUGUGACUUUUCUUGUUUAUUAUAUUUUGACAUUGUGUACAAUUACUUUGUAUGAACCACCUUACUAUAAACCCACCCAUUUAGCUGCCUUCAUUUAUUAAAGAAAUAAAAUAUA